UUCCGGAAGGAAGCGUUUGCGCCUUGAGAUGGAUAUUAUUGCAGUAUGUCAGUCUGCUGUGACAGGUUCAGCCAAAAAGGCAUUCGUUUUCCAAAGUAGUUUGUAGUCACUAUCAACUUAUCGCCUGGAUUUCUCAAGAAAUGUGGGUUUUUGGAUACGGAUCCUUGAUUUGGAAAGUUGACUUUCCUUACGAGGAGAAGCGAAUCGGUUACAUCAGGGGAUUUAAUCGCAGAUUUUGGCAGGGCAGUACUGACCAUCGCGGGGUACCUGGAAAGCCUGGCAGAGUAGUCACCUUGGUAGAAAACCCUGAGGGCUGCGUGUGGGGUGUUGCUUACAAAUUGCCCUCGGGGAAAGAACAAGAAGUCAAAGACUUCCUGGACUACAGAGAAAAAGGAGGCUACAGGGUGAUUAGUGCAAUCUUUUAUGACAAAGAGCCCCAGAGGGAGCCCUGUGAAAUUCUAAUCUACAUUGGGACUUGUGACAACCCUAACUACCUUGGCCCUGCUCCCUUGGAAAACAUCGCCCAUCAGAUCCUCGGCUCUGUGGGACCCAGUGGCCAUAACACGGAGUACCUGUUUGAGCUCGCCGAUGCCAUUCGGAACCUGCUACCAGAAGACUCCGACGAACACCUCUUCUCCCUGGAGCGACUCGUAAAAGACCUACUCCAAAAAACACAGGCCUUAGACCAACCUAAAUAGGUCUGAAAUAGGCCAACUAGAGCCACAUUUUCAGCUGCCAUCUACUUUAUUUAUGUCGCACGUUUGACUUAGAAAAGGACAUCUUUGAUGUCGGAAUGCAGGGGUAACCUCAGGGACACAAGUAGGAGGAGUACAUAUGACCUGUGAAUCAUGUUUUAGCUUUUUACAACUACUUGAAAACUGACGCAGUGGUGCUUUGAUUUUAAUUAUACCUAAAGUCAUAAUGAAAUACUAGCAGCAGGUUUUAAUUGUAACGUAGUUUAAAUGCUAAAUAAUGUUAUUAGUGAGAAAUGGCUACACCUCUAGGUUGGAGUUAUUGCAGCUAAAGAUCUUGACAUUCCUGAAAGACAGAACUGGAGGAUAAAAUUCACAUUUAGAAAUUCACAAUAUUUAUAUAGUCAUCUUCUAACCUUAUCCAAGCCAGGGUUGGGUCUCAGGCAGCAUAAGGCACAAGGCUGAGGUACACCUUGGAUGGGAUGCUAGUCCAUUGCAGGGUACAUACACAGUUAUACACUAUAGCUGUGUCUGAAUUCAGCGAGUGCAUCCUUCUUAAGCUGCAUUUGAAGACGGAAUGUGUCACAGCAGCGCGGCAAGGCCGUCCCAUUUCGAAGGCCCCCUCAAAUACAGCCUAGAAAUGGGUUAUUCUUUUGCUAAGAUUCCAAGUUUCAUUCUGUGAACCUUCAAAGGAUACAGCCCAUGAAUUUAUACACAGCCCAUGAAUAACAUGGAAAGGCCAGAUAGUUGACCUGCAUACAGAAACCUGUACAUACAGCGCAGAGGUGGGAUUUGAACCCCUGGCAUGGAAGUGUGAGGAAACACAGCUAUUACAAAUUUUAUUUAAAGUUGUAUUUAGAACUUUAUUACUGCUAAUGUGGAUCUCGAAUGCAGAAUCUUAUGGAAAACACACCCUAUGGAGUUGCUAGUGUCAAGAUUCGUUAGAAGUCAGACAGCAUAGUUUCCCCUAUUUUUUGUUCCCACUUUAAUAUUAGCAUUUGGAUAUGCUGAGGCCCGUAAACUAGUAUACCAUUCUCCAUACAACAUGUAUACUUUUCUUUUGUUUGGAAUACUUAUAGGUGUAUAUUGUCUUUAUGUCAAAGUGAAUGUAACUUGGGCAUUGACGUUUUGAAAAACAGCAGCUUAAUAUUUCAUAGUGAAUGAUUUAAAAAAAAAACCUUCCCCGUAAUAGCUUAAUGACACAAACUACGCGACUCGCAUAUAUUUGCACGUGUGUUAUGUUUUAGGUCGUUACUGUUGCUUAUUAACUUGAAGUGUUUGACUUGGUUAAGUAAAUUAUCCAAUGCCAGAAA